AGCCGCACUCGUAGCUGUGUAGUGUAGCCAACCCAAAACUGAACCCCACCUUCUGGAGCCGACUGAAAUUGUCGUGCUUAACAGAACUCUGUAAAAGCUGUUCACUCUGGCUCAUAUAAGCCUCAAAUUAUGUCUCUGUUUGCUGCAGCACACUCUCAUUCUCAUAUUCCUUCACACUCUCUCUCCAUAAUAAAACCCCCCUUCACCCACUCCACCAGGACACCAAAAUUAACUUCCUUCCUAGUCUUCUUCUUCAUCUUCUUCUUCUACUUUUUCUGCUUCACCAUUCACACUCUCUAACUCUCAAUACUUUUUAUAAAAAAAAAAAGUUUCAAUCUUUUUGCAACACUCAGAACCAAAAACCCAACAAAUGCCUUCGGACUCAAGCGAGCAACGCAGACAAAACAAGCCCCAAAACUCGGGAGCUCCACCAGCAGAGCAAGAGCAACUUCCAUGUCCACGCUGUGACUCCACCAACACCAAGUUCUGCUACUACAACAACUACAACUUCUCUCAGCCUCGCCACUUCUGCAAGUCCUGCCGUCGCUACUGGACUCACGGUGGCACCCUCCGCGACAUCCCAGUCGGCGGUGGGUCCCGCAAAAACGCUAAGCGCUCUCGCACCACUUCUCACACCAUGUCCUCUACUUCUUCUCAAGACCCAUUGUCUGCAACCCCAGUCUUGGUCCCUCUUGGGUCUAACCACGGCUCGUCCGUACAGUUUGGUCUUGGUGGUGGGUCUGAUAAGGGUAAUGUGAAUGUUUGUGGGACUUUUACUUCUCUGUUGAACACUCAGGGACCUGGCUUCUUGGCUUUGGGUGGGUUUGGGCUUGGACUUGGGACAGGGUUUGAAGAAAUGGGCUUUGGGCUUGGGAGAGCGGUCUGGCCUUUUCCAGGUGUGGCUGAUGGUGGUGUUGCUGGUGGUGGUGGCGGAGGAAAUGCUGGUGCUACAGGUAUGGGGAACACGUGGCAGUUUGAGAAUGGAGAGCCUGGGUUUGUCGGCGGAGAUUGCUUUUCAUGGCCUGAUUUGGCAAUUUCUACCCCUGGAAAUGGUCUCAAAUAAACUGCUCUUUUCUUCUUCUUUUUUCUUUUACAUUUUCCUUCUUUUUUUGUAUGGAAACUGUGGUUUAGGGCUUUAUUUGCUAGUGUUGAGAGUAAAUUGGGGUAUGAAACUUAGAAAAAGAACUAGACUUUUUUGACUCUUUGCUGUGUAUUAUUUGUUGUAUUUGUUUAUGUUCAGUGACUUUCUCCA